AUGUCAAAUAAUAACACAUCACCUGAACCAGUUAUUCAUGCAGAAAUUGAGAAUGAAGAAUUUGACAAAGUUGAAGAAAAGAUUGAGGAAGAAUUAGAACAAGAACAUGAAAAGAUUGAAGAAGAGAAAAUUAAACCAGAAAAAGAAAAAAUAAUUGAAUAUGAUAAUAAAAUUGAUCCAAUAGUUGAUAAUUAUAUUAAUUCAUUAGUAAAUACUAAAGCAAUGAUUCGAUCUGAUAUUGAAACAAGAAUGUUAGCAAUUAUUAUGUCAUGUAAGGCAUGUAAUAGUGAAGAAAAAGCAAAAGAAAUAAUUGAACAAAAACUUGAAGAAAGACCAAUGGAAUAUGAUAUUGUUUCUAAUGUUAAAAGAUUAAAGAAAGCAUAUAAUGUAGAGAAAAUAGAUAAUAAAUUAUAUGGAGGUAGUUUGUUUAAAAAGACAUUAGUUCAAGAUUCAGCACUUGAACAAAGUGAUGCAAAAAUGGAAAAAAAGAAGAAAAAGAGAGAAGAAAUGGAAGAAAAGAAAAGAAAACAAUUAUAUGAAAAUGCUGGAUUAGUAUCUGCACCAACUAUUUCAGUUAAUAAAGCUAAAGUUGAUAGUAAUUGUAAAGAUGUUAAACAAGAUAAUAUAAGUAUUGCAUAUGGUAAACAUCUUAUUCUUGAAGAUGCAGAUUUAACAUUAGCACAUGGAAGAAGAUAUGGACUUAUUGGUAGAAAUGGAUGUGGAAAAUCUACAUUAAUGAGAGUUAUAGCAACAAGAAAUGUUGCAAUUCCUGAUAAUAUGACAAUGCAAUUUAUUGAACAAGAAGUUGAUGGAGAUGAUCGUUCAGUUUAUCAAACAGUUUAUGAAGCAAAUGUUGAAUUAGUUCAAUUAUAUGAAGAACUUGCAGAACUUGAGAAAGAACCAUUAGUAAAUGCUGAAAAGAUAACAUUAGCAUAUUCUAGAUUAUCAGAAUUAGAUGCAGAUACAGCAGAAUCAAGAAUUAAAUCAAUUCUUACAGGUCUUCAAUUUACUCAAAAAGAUUUUGAAAGACCAACAAAAGAAUUUUCAGGAGGAUGGAGAAUGAGAAUUUCUAUUGCUAAAGCUAUUUAUAUGCAUCCAGAUUUAUUACUUCUUGAUGAACCAUCAAAUCAUUUAGAUUUUCAUGCAUUAAUUUGGUUAGAAGAAGUAUUAAAGAAUUGGGAUGGAACAUUAUUAAUUGUUUCUCAUCAACGACAAUUUUUAAAUUCAGUUGUUACAGAUAUUAUUCAUUUUAAAGAUUUUAAACUUACAUAUUAUCCAGGAGAUUAUGAUACAUUUGAAGCAACAAUGCAAAAAAAAUUAUUACAACAACAACGUGCAUAUGAUGCUCAACAAAUACAAAGAAAACAUAUUCAACAAUUUAUUGAUAGAUUUAAAUGUUCUGCUGUUCGUGGUCCACAAGUUCAAAGUAGAAUUAAAAUGAUGGAAAAAAUGAAAGAAGUAUCUACUGUUGUUGAUGAUGCAGAAGUAACAUUAACAUUCCCAGAUGUAGAACCAUUAGAUUCUAAUAUUGUUUCAUUUCAUGAUAUUACUUUUGGAUAUGAACCAAAUAAAAUUUUAUUUAAAAAUUUAAAUUUUGCAUUAAAUAUGGAAAGUCGUAUUGCAUUAGUUGGAAGAAAUGGAUGUGGUAAAACUACUUUUCUUAAAUUAUUAAUUGAUGCAUUAACUCCUGUAGAAGGUACAGUUCAAAGAAAUCGUAAAGCACGAAUUGGAGUAUUUGCUCAACAUUUUGUUGAUCAAUUAAAUUUUAAAGUUAAUGCAAUUCAAUUCUUCCAAAAUAAAUAUCCUGAAAAAACAGUUCAAGAAAUAAGAUCUCAUUUAGGUAAAUUUGGUAUUACUGGUGAUUCUUCUUUACAAAGAUUAGAUACUCUUUCUGGUGGUCAAAAGUCUCGUGUUGUAUUUGCUGAUUUAGCAUAUAAACAACCUCAUUUAUUACUUCUUGAUGAACCAUCAAAUCACUUAGAUAUUGAAACUGUUGAGGCAUUAGCUCGUGCUUUAGCUGUAUAUCAAGGUGGUGUUUUAAUUAUUACCCAUGAUGAACGUCUUAUUAGUCAAGUUUGUGAUGAAAUUUGGCACUUACAUGAUCAAACUAUCACUAAAUUCCCUGGUGAUAUUGUUGAAUAUAAACGUCAUGUAAGAGCUGAAAUCUUUAAGUAA